AUGAUUAGAUUUAUUAUUAUUAUCGCAGCUAUUGUUGUAUUCCCUGUUGAUUUGUGUUUUCCGACAAGAAGUACUCAAAUAAUUUUACCACAGUUGGAAAUAUCUGACGAAUUGGAGCAGGAGACUGUUUCUACUGUUUCCCCAUCAACACCUAGUUCAACCACAACAAUUCCACCGACAGAAGAAACACAGGUAAAGUCUAAGCGCAAGCUUCCGCUCCAGAAGCAGGUUUCAAGUUUUGACCCUAUUUCAGACCGAUUCCAAUUUGCCUGUGAUUGAAACAUGUGAAGAUGGAUGGACAUAUUACAAGAGAGCUACAACUGGAUGGUGUAUGAAACUUGUGAUGACAGUAUCCUCUAUGCCAAAAGCAGCCGGUGUAGCGGCUUGUGCUGAAUUGGGAGCUGUUCUAACAUCAAUCGAUGAUGUGGCAAUGCAAGAUGUGGUUUAUAGUUUGAGAACUGCGGCGAAUAUUGGAACAACAACUUGGAUUGGUGGAAUAAUGAAAUCUGAAUGUAUGAGAGAUAAGUGUGAAUACGACAAUAGUAAGCGUCAAUGUAAACUAACUGAAACGUGUGGAGAUGAUCGAUAUUUAUGGGAUGAUGGUUACACAACUACACAAUCUGACGAAUAUCUUGUUGAGAAGAUAAAGAACUCUGUAUGGGCCGAGGACGUUUAUUAUACUGUUGAAGUUUCCGAAAUGUGUAUUUUCACAGGAGAGGUUGAUGUAUGUGGUCCAACCGAACCCGCAAACUCGGCAGUUUGUGGAAAGUUACCAACAUAA